AUGGAAUAACCACAAGAGAUUUUCUCCAUGAAUGAUGACCACGCAGGUGAUAUAGUCGUGGAAAAAUACCAGGUGGAUUCCAAGAAGUCCGCAUCCCACGUUCAGCUCGCCUGCAGUGGGCAGUCCUGUGCUUUCCCCUUAGAUGGAAACGAACUUUGUGUAUGGGACACCAAGGAACCUCCUCACCAGGUGUUUAAAAAGUUAUACGUGUUUUUUGUUAAGUCACAGAAAUUUGCCGUCAAGCUCUGUUCCUCUGAUGCUGUUUGGGUGAGUUUGCCCUUUGUGGAUUCAGUUACCAGCUGUAGGAGAAAAAUGCUAACAAAACAAAGCAUAUUAAGUUUUGACUUAGGAAAUAAACUGGAAUCACUUUAUUUAAAAAUAAAUUUAAAUACUUUAAAAUCAUUUAAAAUUGAUCUGUUUGUCUUUUCUUUUGCCAACAUCACUCAGUCUCGAUUGGUGGAGCUUUGGAGUAGCUUUGAACUCAGCAUCUCCCAUGAGGUCAUCUCGGACAUUACACUAAUGACCCAACCCCCUCCAGGGCGACUUCCACGAGGGACCAUCCUCGGCACCCUCCUGGGAAAGGUGCUGUGUUUAAGGCCUAGUCCCACCGAUCAUGUUACUGCGGUGUGUGCUGGAAACAAAGUAUUCACACUGGACGUUGAGCUAAGACCCGACACCGCACAGAAACUAUUUUCUGUGAGAUUCAUAGAACUUAUUAAUAAAAAUAAUAAUUACCAGAACACUCGGUGCCUGGUCUUCCCUCACCAAUUCCCCCAGAGCUGGUCUACCCUAGCCGAGCUGCAGGGUCACCAGGGCCCAGUGACCGCGGCCGGGCUUUGCACUUGGCAGGCACGUGUCAUCAUCGCGGUGUCCGAGGACAGAAGCUUCGAGGUACGGGACGGGCAUAGGCUUAAGAAGGAAAUAACGCAAAACGCAAGCUCAGUUCCCAUCCACCAACAAGUCAGUGCACUAAGCGUGUGUCUGUCCAAAGGUUUGGGACCAUCGUAUGGGAUCAUUAACAUACAACUCAUCAGUGUUAACAGUUUCUACUUCCUGGUGAAGAACUUACUUUGGAAUAGUUCACAUGUGGCUAAAAGAAAUACCAUCAAUAAAAGUGCUGGCUCCCAGUUUAAACUCUGUCAGGCGCCUUUAAAGCUAAGAACUCGCCUGCCCCCUCCAAUAGCCUCUCCCCUCCCGAGUCUCCUUGUGAACCAGCGAAGGCUGCAGCUGGUCACCGGCUGUGUGGAUGGCCAGCUUCGGACCUUCGCUUUGGUGGAAGGACACCAUUAUCGCUGCGUGACACACGUUGACCUGAGGAGAGAGAGUUUCCGCACCAGGGGGGUGGAGUCCAAGCCAUGCAGCUGGCCAGGUGAUGCCCUGCAGACCCGCCCACGGGGCUCAGGCCCACAGCGACCCCCCUCCCCAGCAGGGGGUGGAGGGAGAGGGAGGAGAAGCCAGGGUCCCGGGCGGGUGGGGCGGGUGGAGGCCUGUCUUAGUGGACAGCGGGCCGCGGCUCUCCAGCCCGUUGGCAGUGUCACAGCGGGGGCUGCCCAGGGGUCCGCGGCUUUUCCACUGAGCCCGCUCGUCACCCCUCCCUCCCCACGCCUGUCCCCGUCGCCAGGUGCCCGAGUGUCUGCCACUCUGCCCCAGGAGGAGCUGGGGAAACUACUGGUUUUACUGUUUAAUCCCUCUGUGGAUUCUCUUCUUUCCAGCAACAUGCAUUUCCUACAACAUCCCACUGGGUCAGCUGUUAGCUUUGACCUUGACAUCAUUUUAAUGUCGCCUCUCAGAUUGUCAGUAAUUCUGUCCGUAGAAGACAGUCAGCCUCCCUCCACAAAGGCACCGGACACAGGAGAAGAGAUUGAAGUGACACUUCCUGUCCUGAGCCUGGCGCCCUGUGACUGUGGAUUAGUUUGGAGAGCUCUGGAGAUGACUAAAGAGCAGCCUCUGGUCCUGCUGGGGUGGGAGACCCCUCCUGGGACACAGGCAGAGGGACCCUCAGGUCGCCAAGGUUGUGCGUCACCUGUUCCUCUCACGUGGAUCCAGCGCAAUUCUCGGUGCCCUGGAGCUGAGGAAGAUCAGGACACUUUUUUCUCCUUUUCUUUUAAAAUUAGUCUUUCUUCUGAGAAUGCCAGCUGCUUGCGGACUGGAAGCUCAGCGGGUUUAUUCAUAUUUAAGUUGGCAGACUUUGAAUUGGAGGCCAUUUUACGUUGCAAGGAUUUCAGGAGCCUCCGCAUUCAAGUUGCUGGCUCGUGUGCUGUGAUGAGCAAAACCAGUGGUGGUCGUGAGGUCAGUCGUAGGCCAUUCACUGUGCGUAGAGUCUGCACAGUGCACCUGUCUGUACUGUGGUUUAUCCUUCUUUUCUCCCAACGGCGCUGUAGUGGCUGCUUACUGAGACUGUGGCACGACCGGUCCGUGCAGGCCUUCUGCUUGCUCACAUCCAUGUUCGAAAAUCAGAUGGCCCUGGUGGAAGUCAACCCCGCCACCCCGGUGAGGUCUCAGCAGCGCCCCGGCGUGGGAAGGGAUCUGUCCGUGCCGCCCCGCUCCUGUGUCUUAUCGACUCCUCCGCUGUAUUUCGGACUUGUUAAGAAAAAAAAUACUAAGCCGGCUACUCACAAACAAUCUGUGAGGAGUACCCUUUGGACAGUCCUCUGUCAAGCAGGCUCAUCAGGCAGUUUGCUGUGGCCCACGACCGAGCUGCCAUGCUCUGUGUUCAGGAUUCAGGUACACAGUCCAGCCGGAGCCGCGCUUCUCUGCAUUUGUAAGAGUCUCUUAUUCUGCCCACUGUUCCAUUUUAAACGAGAUGGACAGCAGCUGGCCUGUGGCGUAGUCAACCACUUGUCCCUGGUCUUCAAUGACGAUCUGCUGUUUUUUCAGGUAAAAUGUAGAAUUUUAGUUCAUGGGCGCGUCCGGAGGUCCGAAGGGACGGUGUCCGGCCCUCCGCGCCCACGCGGAGGCCGCAGCGCCGUGUCUGCGCGGGGGGCGCGGGGGCGCGGCGUCCCGAGGAAGCGCCGAGGUGCCGCCCCUUCUGCGGCCUUGGUGCUUCGGCGAAGCUCCCGGAAACUUACACCAGAGGGCAGCAAAGCCAUUUCGGAUAGUUUUCUGCUCGGUCACGACAGAGCAGUGAGCACUGUCCGCUUCCUGGGACGGACGCUGAAGGUGUGGUCGGUCCGCAGGACAGAGCCGGCACUGCGUCUGGUAAUGGUGACUCCAGGGAGACUGUCGGGCAGUCCGCUGUCCGAGCAGAGCUUCUCCAGGGUCCCCGUGUCCUACCCUAACCAGGAGGCUGGGCAGCUGGGCAGCACAGUGACACUGAUCGAUGGUUCAGGACUUUCUUCUGUGUGUGCGGCAAAGACAUUUCCUAAGUCUGUACAGUCUGUGCAGUUUUAUUACAUAGACGCGUUUAUUUUGUCGUCCUCGGUUGAGUUUCAGCUGCUCGAGCAUCACAUCGACACCAGCAAAGGCGCCGUGUCCUUGUGGUUUGAUGGAGGGGUCGCGUGUGACGCGCCUUUCGUGCUUACAGCCGCGCUUAUUCCUUUAGUGUAUAAACAGAAGAGCAGGUGCACGCCUGUUUUCAGGAUCCCCAUGACAGAUGCAGCAGAUACUAGCUUAUCAGCAGUGAGUGAUUUUUAUCCCUGUAUCCUUUCUCCUGCUGUCCUCCCAUCACAUCCUUACCAUUGCCCUUCCAGCGAAAGAGCAGUGUGCCCACUGGCUCCGGCCAGUUGCCUGGGAUCAGCUAGGGGAGGGGCUGUGGUCAGGCCUCUCCUGUUGGGCCUCAGAAUCAUACCUAAUCAUCCAUCUGUACGUCUCUGGUUGGAAGGAGUUCCCAACCGAGUCACAGGCCUCGUGGUUGCUGCUGGCUGGAGCAGGACCCUGGAGUUUCGACCUCAGUGCGGCUGCAGCGCCGCCAUCACGGCGGGAGCCCAUUCUUGUCCCGUCCACCAAAUUUGUCAAAGGAAAGCGAGUGAGUUUUUGACAGUGCACAGCCUUUGUCAACUUUGUUUAAAGUGUUUAGCAGAUGCAAAGGUACGAUGCAAUCAGUUUGCUGCCAGGUUCAACGGUAGUUUUUACUGGGGUUUUGUUCCGGGCGGGGGGCCAUCAGGAGGGGUUGAGGAGGAGGCCGGUGCCCUCACAGCGCCCGAGUGCAUGCGCGUGGGUGCUGCGCAUCCCCUUGUCUACGCGGACGUUGGAAAUGGCUCAGUCGUGCCGCCAGGGGCCCAGCUCAGCCUCUGGGUGCGGCUCUGCGUGUUGGGGGCCGGGGCUGGGGUCCGGAACGGGCUGCAGGAGGGUGAAGGGGCUUUGCACUUAGCUCCUUCCUCAUGCUCCCAGGAGCAGGCACCUGGUGACCCUGGCGGCAGCCCCAGCCAGGCUCCUGCUCAGGGACCCAGCACCAGCCUCCGAGGUUCCCCUCUGUCGGGGGUGUUCCCAGGUCCCCCGUGCUGGGCGUUCGUGUACAAAACCAGCUCCAGCACUUCCUGCUGCAGACUGGCAGGACGCAUGGACACGGUCACGGCCGUGGCCUUCAGCCCGGCCGCUGCCCAGGUAUGGUCUCCUCUGUUUCAUACAAGUCUCACAUCAUAGCUUUUCUAUCUGUCAGCCUGUAUUUUGGUGCAAUUUUGUAAUAUUAAAGAUUACAUGCCAGCAUUCAUCGAGUGCGGGGAGAUGAACUUAGGAAGUAGACCUUUACUGGGGAGAAAGAGAAAUCGAGGGUGUUUUCUUUUACAGUGAAAGUGUUUGUCAUUUGGUGCCGAUGGACAAUUUCUCUAACUGAAAUAUAAAAAAAUAAUGAGAUAUCCAUGGACAGGAACAUUGAAGGAAGAAAGCAAGUACACGGCAAGUAAGGAAAUGAUUUUGAAAUUCCUGUGAAAAGGAUUUAGAUGGAGAAGGAGUUCUACAAAAUUUAAAGAAUCUUAAUUAGGAGAAAGGAUUAAGAGAAAGUAACAUCAACUGCAAAUCAACCCAGAAAAGUGAAUGAUCUUCUAUUAAAAUGCAGAGGGAGGGGUUUCCCUGGUGGCGCAGUGGUUGAGAGUCCACCUGCCGAUGUAGGGGACGCGGGUUCAUGCCCCGGUCUGGGAAGA